GACUUGACAAUUCCCCUAUCUUGGUGUGGGCAGCCAGGAAAGGGGCAGGGCUGUGGUUAUAGAGCGAGCUUCCAAGCACGGAACGGUAGGUUCAGGGCCCUGCUGGCAACCCACUGCUCCUGGCUGCAUCUGUCAGAAUCCAGGCUGUCUUAUUUUGCAAGGAGUCUGUGCAAAGCUGCCCAGCUGCUUCUGUCUCCGGCAGGCUCUGUUGCCGAGUGGAGAGGAUGCUGGAGCUGCUCCUGCCGGUGGCUCUUUUCCCUUUCCUUAAAGGUGAGUGACUGUGGACGGCUAGGGGAACGGAUUGAGGGUGGGGUAAUUGCAAAGGGUAGAAUACACUUAUGGGUUUCAAUAGAACCUGAAGUUGGGUUUGGGAAUCCGUAAUGUAAGAUUCUUUUUCAUUCUGGAGGGUUGUGCAGCUGGAUUAUUCUUUUUUUAUCUCUCCUUUGAAGAAGCAAAAUGGUUGAUUGGGAAGGCCAUACAUUUCUUGUAAUUUCCCAGGGGAAUGUGUUGUGUGUGUUCCAGUCUGACAAUGUGGUAAGGCCAGAAAUGGUGACAUCCUCACCCUGCAGAAUAUAUGGGAGAGAAGUGACUUAACCUCUGACAAACUCAGCCUUUAAGCUUGUUUUGGUAGCAGGGAGGGUGGGGUCAUCUUUAGCAGAGUGGUGGGUGCUGGAAAGAGGGAAAACUCAAGAGGAGAACAAGCCAACCAGGAGAGGCGGGAGGCGAGAGAACAAAAGAAGCCAUAUGAAAACUUCAUAUUUAUGCCAAGGAAAUCAUACAUGAAAAUAAGGGCUGGGGUUUUUUUUAAUAAACAAUCUAAAAUGCUAAUGUUCCAGGUUGUCUCACUUAAGAGGUUAUCUCUGAAGGACUUAAAGUUAUAUAUAAAUUAACUCAGAAUUAGUAAUUUACUUCUUUUUGUAAGGAAAUAUCACUUUCCCAAGCAAACCAAUGAAAUAUUUUAAACCUUGUACAGCCUGAACGUUUGGAGCACUGAAUGUUACAUAUCUGCAAUAUGUAAAAUGUACCUGAGGAUAAAAAUUCAUGCUGUUUUUAUUGACCAGUUGGGAACAUGUCUGUUUUCCUGUCUCCUGGAAUAUAUACAAGGAGUGAAACUCUCCAAACAAAUGUAGUAUGAGCUUUCAAAUUUCUGUUCUGCUGUUGAGUAGCUGUUGAUUGAGGGGAUAUGUGGCAGAUUUUCACAAAGGCAAGAUUUUGAAGCAAAACAUUAGAUGUGCAAAAAUAGAUGGCUUUCAAAGUAGGUUAUAGGCAACCCACCCAUUCCUAGGAUGGCCUGUUAAAUCCACAGGUCUGUCCAACCAUAAAUAAAUUGUGCUUUGUUACUUGGUUGACUGAACAUAGAAUCACAACCAAAUUGCACGUGCUCAGAGGAGCACAACCACCUUUGCAAAUGCGAGUCCAGAGUCUGCAUUGCAUUUUGAGCAGCCCCUAAAUUGUGUCGGUUUGAAGAGAGAGCAAAACAAAGCGUGCCCCUGUUUUUCUCUAAUCCAAGAUGGUAGCAAACAUUGUUGUACCUCUGUAAGUCUGCUUUGAUCUACCGUCUUUGCACAGCAUAUUAUGUUCCUCUGCGUUUCUGCUCAUGUUUCAAAUGUGGGGAAUUUGUUUUAAGAGGUUCUGUUGCCAUGUCUAUCAGUGGUGCGCCCUUGGCUAGAAACGUUUCAAAAUAUUUUUAACAAAUCAUAGCAAGCAAUACGAAAUGGUUAGAACACAUCGCAGAAAUUUUAACAGUGGUGUGAAGAUAAUGCAAAAUCCAUGACCCCCCCAUGCACUUUGGAACAGCAGUUCAUGGGGCAAAGGGGCUGUUGCAGAGGAAAACCAGCCACAUCCCUGUGCUCAGAAGCAAUCUGUGCAUGCUCACGCACGGCCCCCGGCCACAAAACAGUGUUAAUCAGUUCUACCAUCAGAACAUGAUUUACACAUGCCACGAGCAUUUUGAUCAAUCUUUUGUUUUAGCCUUAAUAGAAAAUAUUCAGUAUAGAGCGUUUGAACUCCGGGCGGCGGGGGCAAGUAUAUAUAUAUUUCUUUUGAGGGGGUGAUGCUGCAGAUAUUUCUUAGCUUCCUCCAUGAAUUGCUUUCAUUUAUGACUGUAAACCCCAGGAUACUAACAUGAUCUUAGCUCACUCACACUUUUUUUUUGUAGGAAGGAGUCUCCUCUACUAAAAUAAAUAAGCCAGUGCCCAUAUGCACAGGUGCAUGGUUUUAACUGCAGAGAUUUUAGAAAAAAAAUUAAAACAGUAGCAGUAGUUCUGAGUUUUUAAAUAGUUAGUGGCUGAGAAUAUGUAUCUAGAAUUAAUUUUGGUAGUAGAGCAUCUUCAGUAUUGACAAGCAACCACUGUAUUUUUAUAAUCUUAGAAUUGUAGUUGGAAGAGACCCUGCAGGAAUACGCAGCUGUACUUUGUUCAUGCUGUAUGAAUUAAUGCAGUUAGUUGUGGUUAAUUAUAAUGGAUUUCUGUGAAUUGUGUCAAAUGUUAAUUCGACAUGGCAUACUCUAGCAUGCUUUAAUCACUUUAUAAAAUAAAAUAAAUCACUUUAUAAAAUAAAAAUACCCCCCCAAGAAACAUCAAGUCUUGGACAAACACGGACUGUGUCCAAUGAUUCUCAUUACAUCCCCACUAAAAGGCACAUUUUAGCUUACAGAAUGCAAUUUAGCAAAGUUGCUUUUGUGAGGUCAGUAGCUGUUGACAAUAUUCGGAACAAGUAAAUCAACAGCACUUUCCAUGAUUUAAUUUAGGAAAGGAAAGGAAAGGAAAGGGGAAACUCUACAAACUCAGCUUUAAUGUUUCCAAACUCAUUGCAUCCCUACUGCUGGCUAGAUAUACGCAUUAUACUGCUUAAACCCACCACAUCCAAUGCCAUUCUUCUGUAACUGCAUGGGCACCAAGUAAAUUAAAUUGGGUAUCUCUCCAUCUAAAUAAUAAAUCCCAGGCUACUUUCUCUGGUUAGCUGCCUGUCUUCUGUGUCCAUGGAGUUUGUUGGUGGAGGAGGAGGCACACUAAUGAGGGCAGUUGCAGAAGGGUCAUGGCUUGUUAUUUAAUUUUUCACCGGAAAUCAUAGAAUUGUGGAGUUGGAAGGUGAUGCCAAGGGUCAUCUAGUCCAACCCCCUGCAAUGCAGAAAUUAGGGCUAGAGAAUCCCUGGCAGACAGACACCCAACCUCUGUUUAAAAACCUUCAAUGCAAGAGAGCUCAGCACCUUCAGAGGUAGACCGCUCCACCACGGACCAUUUCCUCCACAACCAAGCCUUUGGGCUUUCACUAUCUGGGACCUUUGAGAAGUGGGUCGGAAGUUUUCAAUGUAUUUCUUUUCCCCCUUGGUUUUAUAUCUAUGGAGGUUGCCUGUGUGGUUAGUUGCUUGCAAUUUGCCCCGGGCAAGAUACAGAGACUAGCAAAUUCAAUUAAUAAUGAUGGUGAUGAUGUCAGUUCUGUCCCUUUGUUCUGUCCCCUUCUUGGACAGAGGAAGGGACAGGGGUAAAGGAAGCACUUUGCAUCCAGAAUGUUCCAGCUCCAAUCCCCAGCACUUUCAGUUGCAAGGAUGCUCUGUCCUGCCACCAAAUGCGUUUCUGGAAGCUGCAGGAGAGUGAGGGCUCUUGCUCCUGAUUUCUGCUUGGAAUCUGGUUGGCCACCAUGAGGACAGGGUGCUGGACUGGAGAGGGUCCCAUGGCUCUUCACAGGUUCUUAUAUUCUUAAGGUUCUGUAGUAGAUUAUGGGAAGGACUCUGCUAGGGUUGCCAUAUUUCAAAAAUUGAAAAGUUUUGAAGCUAUUUUUUUAGGAAAUUUGCCCCAAAAUCAACACUUCCAAUAUGGGCUGCCAUAUACCUGGGUUUCCCUGGACAUUUUAAACCGACUUUUGAAAAUUCCGCCCAGAUGCCAUUUUCGAUGGGUGAAUCCCAGCUCUGUCCUAGCAAUUCCAGACGUAUGGCAGCCCUACUCUGACCAAGCCAAGAAUGUUUCAGAAAUCCAGGCCAAAUGUCGUGAGGUUUGUAUGUGCUCCAACCCUGCCCUCUUUUAGGUUGCCAUUGUUUCGAAGCUGAACACCGACUCUACAAUGAGCUAUUUGCCAAUUACAACAACAUCAUCAGGCCUGUGGAGAAUGUGUCUGACCCGGUCAUGAUUUCGUUCGAGGUGUCCCUAUCGCAACUCGUAAAGGUGGUGAGUAGGCUGCGAGAGAAGCCUUGAUGCCUUCCGGUUGUUUUCAGACUUUUACAGCUGACGGGCAGACUGGGAGCCAGUGUGGUAUAGUGGUUAGAGUCCUGGAACCUGGAAGACCCGGGUCCAAAUCCCAUCUUGGCCAUGAAGCUCACCGGGUGACUUUGGGCCAGUCACCGUAUCUCAGUCUCACCUACUUCACAGGGACGUUGUGGGGUGAAAUGGGAAGAGGCAGUAACCAAUUAAAUAAAUAAACCACCCAGAGGGCGCUGGGUUGGCAAAAGCUGGACCAGAGACUGUAUUUUUUGUCCCAGUUCAGUUGCUGAAAUAAUCUGUUUGUGUCAGGUUGCCAUUCAACACGGGAAGUCGAAAAUUCUGGUGAAUGGAUGGGAUGUGAACUGCAAAACGGGUUCAGGGGAGAGCCCAGCCACUUUCCACUGGCCCAGCGUUCUUUUUUUGGGGGGAGGGGUAGUACAGAAGCUGUGAACAGGGGCAGGAGGGGGAAGACUUGGCUGGGGUUCUACUCAGAUCAUAUGAUAUAACCUAUUUUGAAACAACUGCACUGGAUGCCAGUUCAUUUUCGAGCCCUUUCCAAGGUACUCACUCUGGUGCUCAAAGCCCUAAAGAACUCAGGCCCCAAAUACCUGGAAGCCUCUUCCUUCCCUUUAAACCCUCAGGUACUGGGAUCAGCAGAGGGGGCCCUCCUGGUAGUUCCUUCCCUCUCAGGGUUAUUUUGGGGGAGUGGAGGGUCUUCUCCGUGGUGGCCCCUAAGCUGUGUAUGCCCCACAGAGGGUCGCCUGGUGCCUUCCCUUGCUUUUGACACUUGAGGUCUGUGUUUUUAGGAUCCACCUUAUUUUUAUGGCUGUAAGUUUUUUUAAAAAAAAUGUUUUUAAUGUUGCGUUUUAAUGUUUCAACCUGCCUUGGAGUUGAAGAGUGGAUUAUUAUUAAUAAUGGUCAUAGUAAUAACUGACCUAAAAGUGAAGGAACCCAUCUGUGCCAUUCCCCCCCGGGUUGCAGAGCAACCCUCCAGCCAGCUCAAGAAAAACGGCUGAGCCCCUCUCCAUCCCCAGAGACUUCCAGGCGGACGACAAAACCAAAGCAUUGUUGAAUUACACCGGGAAUGUAACUUGGAUGAGGGGUUUCAAACCCAGCUAUGACUUUUCUUUUCCCAGGACGAAGUGAACCAGAUUAUGGAGACUAAUUUAUGGCUGAGACAUGUAAGUAACACCUCCCCCCCCCCAAAAAAAAACCCCGCCCCUACCACAGAAGGAACGCUUUAGGAUUUUUGUAAAAAAAACAACCAAAAAGCAUUGGAAGUAUUUUCAGUUAUAUAUGUAGAUUGAACACAUACCAUUGAAAGCACAUAGCUUCCCCCAAAGAAACCUGGGAACUGUAGUGUUAAGGGUGCGGAAAAUUGUAGUUUAGUGUCCUAUAUUGGGGGGAUAGCUGGGGAAGGGGAAGAGAUAGGAAGUGCAGUACAUCCAGACAUACAUACAUACAUACAUACAUACAUGAUGAUGAUACACCUGUGUGUUCAAGGAACCCAUUGAAGAAGGAAACCCCGAAGGCUGCAGCCAGAGUCAGAAACAGGAAACACCUUUUAUGCUCUGCUGCCACCUAGUGGUUGUCUGUCUUGUUGGCAUUAAAUAAAUCAUAACAGCAUCCUGGGGAAUGAAGAAAUCCCACAGAAAUGGUGUGAGGAAUUCAGAGAUCUGUCUCAUUGGGUGCCCUCCCCUUUGAGAAAACAGAAAAUGGAGAGCAAAUCCUAAACUAUAGACACCCCCCCCGUUUUAUAACAUCAUCUAGGGGUGCCAUAUUUCAAAAAGUGAAAAUCCAGACACAAGACAUUGAGCUUUUUCCCCCCUCCCAAGAUCUACUUUUAAGGAAAUUCACCAAAAUCUACACUUCUGACAUGGGUUGCAUCCAGAUUUUCCCAGACAUUUAAGCGAAAUCCUGGUACAUGACCCCAGUCAAGCUUGCAAAAAUCUAUCAUUUGCCCGAUAAUAAAUGUUGGAAAUGUAAAGAAACUGAAGGUACAUUCUUUCACCACUGGUGGACGUGCCCAAGGAUUAAGGCUUUCUGGGAGAUGAUAUAUAAUGAAUUGAAAAAGGUAUUUAAAUAUACCUUCUUGAAGAAACCAGAGGCCUUUCUCCUGGGCAUAGUCGGCCAACUGGUGUUAAAGAAGGAUAGAACUUUCUUUAUGUAUGCUACAACAGCAGCAAGAAUACUUAUUGCAAAGUAUUGGAAGACACAAGAUCUACCCACUCUGGAAGAAUGGCAGAUGAAGGUGAUGGACUACAUGGAAUUGGUGGAAAUGACUGGCAGAAUCCGAGACCAGGGAGAAGAGUCGGUGGAAGAAGAUUGGAAGAAAUUUAAAGACUAUUUACAGAAAUAUUGCAAAAUUAAUGAAUGUUAGAAUGAUGUUGGAAUGAAGCUAGGUGGUUUAAGCAGUAAUGCCAUAAAGGUGUAUGUGAAAAAGGAUUGAUAACAGAUGAAAAUUUAAAGUUACAGUAUAUUAAGUUAAAGGAUUAUGAGGAAACAAAGAGGGAAAGAAAUUGCUGACUUAACUAAUUGAACUGGAAUACAAAAAAGGGAGGUAUGAGGAGGUCAGGGAAACAAGGAUAUGAAUCUAAGCUAUGGAAAGAUUGAUCUAUUUUUCUUUUUUUCUUUUUAAGUGUUUUUUAUUCUUUUAUUCUGUAUUUUGUAUUUUGUACUUUUUUUGUAUUUUUACUUCUUGUUUUUGUGUAAUUCUUUUUUCUGAAAUUUCAAUAAAUAUCAUAUUAAAAAAAAGAGAGAGAAAGCUCACAUCCACACCACAUUUAAAGAACAUGGCUUCCCCCAAAGCAUCCUGAGAACUGUAGUUUGAUAAGGGUGUUGGGAAUCAUAGCUCUGCAAGGAAUAAACUAUGGUUCCCAGCAUCGUAGACAGACAGACAGAUAGAUAGAUGGAUGAGCACUUUGGGUCUAAUUUUAGUGUUGUUUUUACAUUUGAUUUUCCCAUUUCUUUUUUUUCCCUUCUGGUUUUAUUUUGUAAGUUGUAUUGAGACACAUAAACACACUAAAUGAAUGAAUGAAUAAAAUGAAUGAAUGAAUGAAUAAGCUAUAAUAGGAAGUUGUGGGAAAAUUCUAAAAUACCACUUGAUUUCUCUUCUUCUUCAUUGAUUAGAUGUGGAACGAUUACAAGCUGAAAUGGAAUCCAGAGAAGUAUGGAGGUGUUCAGUUUAUUCGAGUGCCAUCGCAGAAGAUCUGGAAGCCAGAUAUUGUGCUAUAUAACAAGUAAGAUUAUACAGUCUGGUCUAUUCUUAAAAGAUUACUUUAUGUUUUAGCAUCUUUCCCUUUCCAAAGGUGUAGUAAAAUCCAUGGUAUGGAAGCUGUGUCCCACCAGCAUGGCCACUGGGUGGAUGAAGUUGUAGUCCAUCAUCAUCUAGAGCAGGCAUAGGCAAACUCCGGCCCUCCAGAUAUUUUUUGAGACUACAAUUCCCAUCAUCCCUGACCACUGGUCCUGUUAGCUAGGAUCAUGGGAGUUGUAGUUCCAAAACAUCUGAAGAGCCAGAGUUUGCCGAUGCCUGAUCUAGAGAACCACAGAUUCCCAGUCUCUGGUUUACACUGAACAUCUGGCACUGGUUUAGACAGAGUAACAUCAUUGGGCUCUUGUCCAGCCCAGUACUCUGACUAGGAGUGGCUCGUUACCCAAGACCCACAUAACUAGAGACCCAAGAGCAUCCACAAGCAAAACACGGGUUCUUAUCCCAAGGCACAGCACUCUCCCUGUUAAAUGCCCAUUUGGACAGGAAGGAAUCCCCAUAUAACCUGCUCAUGCUAUUUCUCAAAAGAGUAAAUGCAUCCUUAAACAUAGAACCAUAGAGUUGGAAGGGACCCCAAGAGUCAUUUAGUCCAACCGCUUGCAGUACAGGAAUCUCAACUCAAGCAUCCAGGACAGAUGGCCAUGUGACCUCUGCUUAUACACCUCCAAGGAAGGAGAGCCCACCACCUUCCAAGGGAAUUUGCUCCACUGUGGAACAGCCCUCAACCUCCCAAAGUUCUUCCUAAUGUUUAGUUGGAGUCUCUUGUCAGUUGAAUCAAUUGGUCUGGUUCCUAACCUCCAGAGCAGCAGAAAACAAGCUUGCUCCCUCUUCUAUGCAACAGCCUUUUAGAUGUUUGAAGAUGGCUAUCAUAUCCCUCUCAUUCUCAUCUUCUCCAGGCUAAACGUUCCCAACUCUCUCAACCAUUCCUCACCAGGCAAGGUUUCCAGACCAAGCCUUGGUAUUACCUUUUCUCCUUCAUGAAGUAAUUUUGUGCACCACCACCCCUUUUGCAAUUUCUUGCCAUUUCACAAAUCUCAGGGAUCAUCAGACUUUCCAGGGACCAUAGCACAGGAUAUCUGACUCAACUAAGUCGCAAUCACACAAGGGCCACUAGAAGGGCUUCACUACAAGCUGCUUGCAAAAGUCAAAAUCAGAAGCGGCAAAGUGAUCAUCUGAAUCCACUCCCUUGCUAGUCUUUUCUUCUUAUAUUGGACAAAUCCAACCCACAUCAGACUUUCUUGUCUCAGUAGUGUGUCUGUGUUAUGGACUGGCACAACCUAAGCAGUCCAGACAUAGAGAGGUUGGAUGGUCGUCUGUCAUGGUUGCUUUAGUUUGUAACUCCAGCAUUGCAGGGGGCUUGACUGCAUGACUAUUGGGAUCCCUUCCAACUCUAGGAUUCCUGUAGAUGAAUCUCAAUGCCCCCCUUUCCCUUCCAUUGUUUCUCUAACAUGGUGUCUUCUACUGAACUGAAGAAAUGAAAUGUGUAAUGAACUUGGAACAGAGUAUGGCAGAGGUAGCAUUACAUUUCUAAUCUGGUAGCUUCCAAUAACAGUAAAGAACAAUACAGUCGACGCUCAGGUUACGAACGUGAUCCAUGUGGGAUGCACGUUUACAACCCGCAGUGGGGCGUCUGCGCACAUUCAGGUUGCAAUUCUGUGCAUGCGCAAAGCGCGAUUUAGCGCUUCUGCGCGUGCGCAACCACCAAAACCCGGAAGUAACCCAUUCCGGUACUUCCGGGUUUCGGCGGUCCGCAACCUGAAACAUCUGUAACCCGAGGUAUGACUGUAAUUGCUACAUUGGGGCACUAAUUGAAUCCCAUCAAUAUACAUUAGGAGGCAUCAAGAAAGAGGCUGUGCGUACCCCGAGCAGAACAGCCAUCCCUCCAGGGCAGCGUUUCCCAAACAUCUGAUACAUAUGAUGCUAAUUAUGUUCAAGCGAUUCACUGUAUUGUGUUUUUAAAAGGUAAAUUGCUGCAGGAUCAAGGAUGCUGCCUGCAGGGAGGCAACCUUUGGCCCCCUGCUUCAGUUCCAACAGGAGUCUGAAGACACUGCAUGCAACGGGAGGAACACAGUUCCAGAGGGUGGGGGGUAAAUGCAAUGCAGUUUAAUAAUUUCUGAAACAAGGUGAGAGCUGAAACACAGCCAACCUUCAGCAUUAAAAAUUAUCCAAAUUUUGCAAUAUAGUUCUCCAGCCAAAUGAGAGGUGCAAAAAUGCACAUGCUGGGGUGAAGUGUGUGUUAAAAUGCAUUAGUGAAUAGAACACUCAACAAUGCAUUAUAUUAGGGGAAAUUUGCUUUGCAAAUUAGGAGAAAUUCACACGAAAAUGCUGCUGAAUUUUCUUGAGGGCAUUUUAAAAAAAGGAAUUCACAAAGUGAUGUGACAAUGUGGAGAACACAACUUUUGGGUCUGUUGUUUCCCCCACUCCCUAGUGCUGUUGGAGACUUCCAGGUGGACGACAAAACCAAAGCAUUGUUGAAUUAUACCGGGAAUGUGACUUGGAUGCCCCCAGCUAUUUUUAAGAGCUCGUGUAAAAUAGACGUGACAUACUUUCCAUUUGACUACCAGAACUGCACCAUGAAGUUUGGCUCCUGGUCCUACGACAAAGCCGAGAUUGACUUAGUUCUCGUUGGCUCCACUAUGAACCUCAAGGACUAUUGGGAGAGUGGAGAGUGGGCCAUCAUUAAGGCACCAGGCUACAAACAUGACAUCAAGUACAACUGCUGUGAAGCCGUGUACACAGAUAUCACCUAUUCCCUUUAUAUCAGGCGGCUGCCCUUAUUUUACACCAUCAAUAUGAUCAUCCCAUGCCUCUUGAUCUCCUUCUUAACCGUGUUGGUGUUUUAUCUGCCUUCCGACUGUGGUGAGAAAGUGACGCUGUGCAUCUCAGUCCUUUUGUCCUUGACUGUUUUCCUACUGGUGAUAACAGAGACCAUUCCUUCAACCUCUCUAGUGAUUCCACUGAUUGGGGAGUACCUCCUCUUCACCAUGAUAUUUGUCACUCUCUCCAUAGUCAUCACGGUGUUUGUGCUCAAUGUACACUACAGGACACCAAGGACGCACACCAUGCCUGAGUGGGUGAAAACCAUCUUCCUGAACUUUCUCCCCAGGAUCAUGUUCAUGACCAGGCCCACCAGUGAAUCAGAUGACGGUGGCCAGGACUCAAAGCCGUCUUACAACACGGAGCUCUCUCCCUUGGACUGCUUUGGCGGCACAGAGACCAGGUGCUACAAAGACAGCCUCCCGUGCCAAGAAACGACCUGUGUUUGCUACCAACACCAACAUAUAAAAUAUGUCAAGGUGAACAGCAACCUGACCCAGAGCUCCAGUUCUGAAUCUGUAGAUGCUCUGCUUUCGUCUUUGGUAGUAUCGCCAGAAAUGAGAGAUGCGAUCGAGAGCAUUAAAUACAUUGCAGAAAAUAUGAGAAUGCAAAAUGAAGCCAAGGAGGUAUGGGCAAACUUUAUUAAUUAUUCAAGCUACAUGCACCACACUUUAAAUCGGGGCUAGGGAACCUUUGACCCUCCAUAUCAGCCUUUCUCAACCUUGGGUCCUCAGAUGUUGUUGGACUACAACCGCCAUCAUCCCUAGCUAGCAGGACCAGUGGUCAGGGAUGAUGGGAGUCAUAGUCCAUUAGCAUCUGUCAGGUGAAAGGUUCCCAAGUCAUGGUGCAGAGCAGGGCAAUAAACCUGUGUACCCAGGGAACAAAACAUCAGACUGCAGGGGUGAGGAACCACAGGAAGCUAUCUUGUACCAGGUCAAACUAUUCGUUCACCUAGCCCAGUACUAUUUCCUCCGUCCUCACCAUUUCAGAUUCUGGGCUCCCUUAUCACUUGCAACUCAGUCCACCACACACAUGGAGUUCACUGUCACAAGAUGUACUGACUUGGAUGACACACUACUUACUACUUACUCAUUGUAGUAGUAGUAAUACUACUUACUGUGUAUUACGUACAGUAAGAACAUAGGAAGAGCUUGCUGGAUCAAGCCCAUCUAGUCCACUAUCCUGUUCUCACAGUGGCUGGCCAGACGCUGCUGGAAACCUGCAAGCAGGACCCGGGCCCAAGAGCCCUUUCCCCUCCUGUGGGUUCCAGCAACUGGGAUCCAGAACAGGCAGAGCACAGCCAUCCUGGCUAGCAGCCAUCCAUAGCCCUCUCCCCCAUGAAUUUGUCCAAUCUUCCUUUAAAGCCUUCACUGCCUCUUGCGGGAGCAGAAGUUCAUAGUUGAACUUCUUCUCUGUCCUGAAUCUUCCAACAUUCAGCUUUGUUAGAUGUCAGGUUCGAGUGUUGUGAGGGAGAGACAUUUCCUGCCCCCUUCCUCCAUGUCACACAUACUUGAAACACUUCUAUCAUGUUGCCUCUUGCUCAGCUUUUCCUCCCAGUCCCCCACGCUGCCUUUUCCCAUAAGGCGGCUGCUCCAGCCUCUCGAUGCUUUUGGCUGCUCUUUUCUGAACCUUUUCAGGCUGAUGGUCCUGGUGAGGAAACACUGCAAUACCAGUCCAGCCGUGGAGCAAAUUCACAUGGUGGAUUUUGUUAUAUCAAAUCACAAAUACUGUAUUGAACUUUCAUACUACCACAAUAGGUUUAUAAAAGUUGUACCUGAAUUGAUAAAAAAAUAUUUUUAUUUUCCAGACUCAAGAUGACUGGAAAUACGUCGCCAUGGUCAUUGAUCGCAUUUUCCUGUGGGUAUUUAUUCUUGUGUGCAUUCUGGGGACAGCAGGACUAUUCUUGCAACCGCUAAUGGUUGGAGAUGAAGUAUAGGUGAUAUUCCCUUGUAAAAAAAUCUAUUUCCUGUUUGCUGUCCAAACGUCUUACCUGCUCUCUCUUUAUGUUAAAGUAAUUAUUCCUAUGUCUUUCAGUAGUGGAGUAAAGAUACUUAAACAUUAGGCUAGAUUCAGCCACCUUCCAUUUAAAGUUUGAAAAAGUUUGUUCUACUGCCCUAAGCCAACCAAAGAUAUUGCAAUAGCUUUAACAAUGUGGAUCACUCACUGUCACAACUCUAGCCAUAUCACUGAUGGUGUGUCAAGAGUGAAGUCCUCCUCUCUAAAUACACUAGGACACUGGGUCACUAUGAAAUCAAUUCCUCAACUCAAAAAGGAAGGAUUUCUUCACACACACACACAGCUAAUUUAUGGAAGUCCUGGCCAUAGGAUGUGAUACACACAUCUAUAGGGAAGCCAAUAAAAAUAGCAAAACACCCGGCAGCUGCCUUUCUUCACUGCAUCUCUCGUGGCAGGAGAAACCAGAACUUGAAGCACAGGACAUGAGGUCCUACAAGGCUGAAGUUAUUCGCUAACUAAGAUAUAGUCCUCAUGGCUUCUGAGCUCGCCAGCAAAUGAGGAAAAGCAAGUAUCUUGUUUGUUUCUUUUUAAACCUACCGAAACUCCUUUCAUUUCCCAAGUCAGGCAUUCACAACUUCAGGUCAUUUGACCAGUUGGAACAUGGCAAGCCAUGAAUGACACACGACUUAGGCAACCCACUUUCGCUUGGGCCUAGAAACAAGCUCAUUAGCCAUUGAAGUGUCAAGGAAAGGAAGUUAUUCUCUUCCUUAGAGGGACUCAUCAGAAAAGAGGUCAUUAUAGAUGAGAAACAGAACCAAACCUAUGUGCACUUUCAGUCGGACUUGCUUUUCUUACUCCCACACCGUUGAGUUCAGGCAUUGCAAAAUGAAAAGAGCCAUAUCAAGCAAACUGAGGACACUCAGAAGAGCUGUUAGCCAUUGAUAAAAUGAGGGUCUUACUAUUCAGGGGCAGCAUCCCUUUGCUGACCAGAACGGGGGGCAGCCAUCUCCAUGAUGCCUUGCCUGUGAUCUUCGCGGGGAAGCCUAGCUGUACAAGAUGGAACAAGGCAAUUCACCUGUUCUUGGCUGUUGCUGUUUUUACAUUCAUCUGGCAAAUAACUGCAUACAAAUCCUGCUAUGUAGCAUAAGAUGGGUGCAAAGAGGGAUUAUUGUUUAGGCAAGAUGGUGGAUUAGUCAGCUAGCACCUGAAAGGCUUUUCCGUUACCAGACCUAAAACAUUGCAGACACAGCAAGACCUCUUCCACAUCUCUGUUUGCCUUGCUUUUCCCUGGGAAAACAUUUGUGCUUUACUGCUGAACUGGAAAAAAAGAAGAUACAGUGGUACCUCGGUUUAAGAACAGCCCUGUUUAUGAACUAUUCAGUUUACGAACUCCGCAAAACCAGAAGUAGUGUCCCGGUUUGCGAACUUUACCUCAGUCUAAGAAUGGAAGCCGAACGGUGGUAGGGCACCGGUGGCGGGAGGCCUCAUUAGGGAAAGUGCACCUCGGUUUAAGAACGGUUUCGGUUUAAGAACGGACUUCCGGAACACAUGAAGUUCAUAAACCGAGGUACCACUGUAGUUUGGUUUUCCACAAAUUUCCGUUUGUCCCAAUUCAGCGGGAAACGGUGGGGUUUCCCAGGGGAAAGCAGCGGGGCAAAUGCAAAACUGCUUGAGCGCAUGCUUUCUGGACACGAGACAAGUGGAAGUGUGCACAAGUCCCAAGUACAGUAGCGGCUAGUAUUAGAGGGAACAGAUCUGCAGUUUGCAGGUAGGAUUUGGACUGUCUGCACAGAGCAGAGAACUGUUUUGAUGGAUUUUGGCAAAAAGUAACUAUAGAUGUCAUCCCAACUGCAAACGACAUUCUGAUCCAAGCCACCUUUGGAAAUCACCAGUGGAACCAAGACUGGGUCUGUGUCCCCCUGGCUUGCUUUGGAGCGCCUCUAACAAAAUGUAAUUCGGUUAUGUAUCUACUGAAUAGAGUGCUGUAAAGAGAACAGAAGGAAUAGACUCAUUGCAUGUACAUUUUACUUCAUAUACUAUAAAAUAAACUUCAUUCACCAAUAAUGAAAGU